CCAAAAUCGAAGAGACCCAAAAGAUUGAAUUUCAAAAAAAAAGGCCAUACAAAAUCCAAAAGCCUCGUCUCCUUCGUCAUUCUUCCCCAAAUCUCAAAGUUUACAGAAAUCUCUCAAGAGAACAUCAAGAAAUGGUGCGAACCAAGAUCGCAGUCCCUCAGAAGUGGAAGAAUGUGCAUGCAACGAAGAAAAGAGUAAGUCUCAUUCAAAAGUUUGCUCAAGCUAGGGCAAAUCUGCGGGCGAAAAUCUCACAAACUGAUGAAGGUUCAUCCUCCUUGAAACAAAAUCCAGAAAGUGAGACUGGCAUGGAGCAUGAAGAAGUUCAAAAAGCACCGAAAAAUGGAGACCUGUUAAACAAAGAGCAAGAUGAAGCACCACUCCAUCCAGAUCCUCCUACCAUCAUGUUGCUAGAAUACAAAACAACAACACCCCUCGAGGAACAACACCAACAUGCAGAGGUAGAUGAAGAAUUCCAAACCUUACUGGAUGAAGAACCACUUCUAGCAGUGUCUGAAGUACCAUUCAAGAAGACUGAAACUCAAGACCGCACCCCUCGCAGCUCCAAAAAGAAGGCAAAAGGGCAAAAUCACGUUCGUUGGUCAAAACGGAAAACCAGAUCUGAGGCAGUCAUGAAAGAAGAGUCUCCUCCAUCAACCAAGAAGACCAGAACAAGCUCUCCAAGUCCAUCCAAAAUGUCAAAGUCAAAAAGGGGUAAAGAUCUGAAUCAUCACUCAGGGAAGUCCUCAACUCAUAUUUUUGUCACUACUGCUGCUAAAUCUUAUUUGCCUGCAAUUAUGAAGAAGAACAUUCUGCCCCAGCGUAAUAUUGAUUUGGAAGAUUUUGCUUUGAAAACCACUCUCAUUCCUCUGUUAGAUGCCAGGAACUUGUUGAAAUCAGUUACCCUCCCUGGUUCAUAUGUCAAACAAGUCAUCUAUGAGUUCUAUUGCAAUUUGAGUGAAGAUUUUGUGAACCCUGCUGCUGUGUCUUUUGAAAAAGUGUUUGUCAGAGGAAAACUAUACACCUUUUCGUCUACUGCUGUCAACAAGUUUUUGGGAUUAGAUGAUGAUCAGGAUGCACUGGUAAGUGAGGUCACAAUGUGGAAGGAACUCACUCACGGAACCAGGAAAAGCCAACACCCCUCCAACAAAGUUCCCUCAUCAAUCCUGAAUAGCUCCUACUCUAUCUUGCUCAGAGUUGCUGCGUGUCACUGGCUAGCCACCUCUCAUACCAACACGGUGACAAAAACCAUGGGCAUGCUUUUGUGCAAGAUCAAAAACAAUGUUCCUAUUAACCUAGGAAAGCUGAUAGUUGCUCAAAUAGCUGAGUUUGGGAAACACAACUAUAAGCACAAUGAUAAUGCUGAUCAUGCAACACAUGGAGUGCUUGGUGUACUCAAGUAUCUGGAACAUAAACUACAGCAAAACAACAGAAGAAAGUUCUUGAAGAAGAGCGGCGAAGUCUCAUAUGGUUGCAAGAGAAUGCUGCACAGAGUGUUCAAGCAGAAGAGUCUAUUCCUACGAGCUGGAGAAGACUUCCUCCUGAGAAGGGAUUCCUGCGAAGCUGUCCAGAGUCCCAUGCAGACCGGGAAUAAGAUUUGCUGGAGAGUUCAAUAUUCCCGCCUAAAUUUAUUGGGCCGGGUCACUGAAAUUUGGGCUGACUGUAUUGGGCUGGCUGUUUAAUUAGGCAUAUCUAGGGUAGCUUGAAUUGCAGGCUGGGUCAGAAACAAAAUCUCUUAUGGAGCCACGCGCUGGAGUAAUAGAAGUCCACUCAGCAUUUAUUAUAUCUAGAGCCGUCCCUACAUGUCCAGCUAUAUAAACAGUGCAAUGGGCAGCAAUAUAUGCACUGUAGCUAUUACAAAAUUCACACUAUAAAUACACUGAAAUACUCCAUAUUAGAUUUUCAAACUCAAUUGGAGAACAAUUGAAACUUAAUAAGCGGCCUCCAAGGUUAGAAAAUUCUUCCUCUUUUAUACACUAUUUUUUGUUCUUUCUCUUUGUAAUAAAUUUUUAUACAUUUUUCUACAAUAUUGUUUUCAAUAUUGCAAACUACACAAGGAUUGAACACAACAGACUCAAAGAUUGAAAAUGAUAAAAAUGAAAAUGAGCAUGAUGACAUGAUAAAAACAGUGAAAACAAUGGUGAUACACACACAUGAUCUAGCAGGCUGGCAAACCAUUUUCUUUAAGAAAUUGAGUUUGUACUGCGUAACAUUAAAAUGCCUAAUCUCAUGAUGAAGAACUGCAAAUUAACACCGAAUGCAAGACAUACUAACAUAUUCAAUUUGGUUGGCUAAUGUAACAGUACAUGGGAAGAUUGUUUUCAAUAUUUAAUAAUUUUUGAAAGUAAUAUAUAAUAAACAUGAAAAUUUUUAUUAGCACUACAAACAACCAUUUUCGACAUAUUCACAUUGGAGAUCUAAUCUUGAUUUGCAAACUUAGUUUUGAAAAAAUAACAUAUUUCAGAAGCUAAAAAUUGAAAAUGCAUGUUAAUCUACAGAUUAAAAUAAGGUGAAGUCAAAUAAAAAUAGAUGGAUGAACUUUUAGAGGAUUUUUAAGCAAAAUUAUCAAAAACUCCCAAAUACAGAUUUCAGAACAUAUGUAAGAGCGUAUACACUUCAGACCCACGAAGAAACACCAGAUAAUAAGUUGGUUCAAGAAAAAAGGAGUAUAUAAACGAUAAAACCCAAAUCUAAGAACAAACCCAGAAAAAUAAAGAAAAAACGGUAUAUAAACCUGAAAAUCCCAGAUCUAAGAAGAAAUUUAGUAUUAUCGAGUGGAAGAAUGCAAAAAAGAUAGUCUCUAGCCACCAACCACGACUUUUCUGUUGGAUAAGGUGACAGACGGACACAAUCGGCGGUCUACCGGUGCCAUUUAGCAAUAUACCAACCGACGAUUUAUCUAUCACAAUAAGAUAAAGUUUGAGAGGUGGUAAGUCGGUGAGUAGGUGCUGCGUAUUGAAUACUCCGUAUUGUUUAAAGGAUGGGUGGCAUGAUUAAUUGGUAGGUUUAAAUUGGGAGAGAUAUACGGGGAUCGGAGUACUCCAUACUAGGUAGAGUUGUAAGGUUUAAUAUAGUAUCUUGCUUUAU